CCGGACGGUGUGGGACUGGCAGAUCCCAUGCUGUCUAUGACUGUGGAAGGAACACCACUGACCUUCCUGGUGGACACUGGAGCGACCUACUCAACGCUUAUAUCCACACCAAACAGUGCAACACUCUCAGACCACACUGUGAGCGUGGUUGGUUUCUCUGGGGUUCCCAUGACUCUGCCACUAACUGAUCCAGCACUGACCAAGCUGGGGAAACAGGCUUUGAAACACAGAUAUGUAGUGUCACCACAAGUACCUGUAAAUCUCAUGGGCAGGGACCUGCUCGUGAAACUGGGAGCCACCAUAAUGUGUUCUACAGAUGGACUCACAGUUACUCUUCCGGGAGGCAGACAGUUCCCGUGCCUGGGGACACAUUCAAAGACUCAAUAUCUGAUCCAAGACUCUGAACAAGCUACCGCUGACAUUUACUGGGGAAGGCUGGUGGAAGACGGCAUUCUCAGACAAUAUGAGCUGUGGAGACCCUGGAUCAUGAGCCUGGCCGUCUACACCCCGCCGCGUGACCCUUACCACGUAACUCUGUUUUAUGAUAGGGACGACGAUGACACAUACCGAGAACAAUUUGAAUCUGACCUCGAAGGUCGAAUUUGGAACGUGCGUUGCCACAACAUUUAUGUUGGGCCGGAAGGAGUAGCAGCUGCGGUGAAAUUAACGGAAGAACAACUGCCUUGGUACGAGAUGGGUUCCGAUUCAGCUCCCCAUGUCACAUUGGCGGUCCACAUAGGUCAUCAGGCUAGAGAAAUGGGACCGAUGGUCAAGCGGGCCCUGGAGAACGGCUCGUGGCAAAGUACUCAAAUUCCAAACGUUUGGUACGCACCCAAGUGCAAAACCUAUCGCAUCACCUGUUUGUCUAAUGACGCGGUGGUUGUAGAACACAAAGAAAUUUCAAGAACACACGGCAGGGAAAAAACAGACCACCCUGACGCAGUCGCAGCGCUUUCACAGCUCCCUGACAGUUUGUGGUCAACAGGGCCCACGGACGUUGGCCUGGCUAAUUGUUCGCCCGUCCUGUUUCGGCUGAAGUCGGAGGCACCAAUCAACAGACCACAGUACAGACACAGACCAGAAGCGGAAGAAGGAAUUGCAGAAACUAUUGAAGGGCUGUUGGAAGUAGGUGUGCUUGAGCCUUCACAGUCAUUUUGGAACACACCUAUCUUGCCGGUGGAGAAGCAAGGGACAGGGAAAUACAGGAUGGCGCAUGAUCUGAGGGCCAUUAACGCCAUACUGCGCACUGACACUGUGCCUGUGCCAAACCCAUACACGGCUUUAACCGCCAUCUCAUGGGACCAAAAGUGGUUUACAUGCAUUGAUCUGGCUAAUGCUUUCUUUUGUCUCCCUUUGCAUGAGUCACUGAGGGAUGUUUUUUCAUUCACAUACAGAGGCCAGAAAUACAGAUACACACGCCUGCCACAAGGCUUUGCACUGUCCCCAGGCAUUUUCAAUCAGGUGCUGAAAGAUGCAUUGUCACCAUGCCACCUGCCUGAAGGUUGUACAUUAAUUCAGUAUGUUGAUGACCUUCUCAUUGCAGCCCCGUCAGCAUCGGCCUGUACAGCAGCCUCGCUUGUGGUUCUGAACCGAUUGGCAGAAUGUGGGUUCAAAGUAAGUAAAGAAAAACUGCAGUUGGUCCGACCGGAAGUAACGUUUCUGGGCCGAGUCAUCGCGCACAGGUCAGUGGGUUUGAUGAACACACACAGAGACCAGAUUCUGACACACCCAAAACCACGAACUGUAAAGGAGCUCCUCUCCUUUCUGGGCCUGACAGGUUACAGCAGACAGUUCAUUCCUAACUAUGCAGGCAAAACGGCCCCUUUAAGGGACCUGAUAAAAAAGGUGGGUGUUCGAAACCUUAAGGCUGAAUUGCCCUGGACGCCAGCCACAGAAACAGCGUUCAUUUCACUAAAACAAGACCUGUCAAGGGCCACAGACCUGGCCACGCCCAACUAUGAUGAACCAUUUUAUCUUGAUGUUUCUGAAACAAGUGGGGUGGUGAAUGGGGUGUUGUUUCAGAAAAAAGGAGGAGGUAGAGAUGUGCUUAUGUAUGUUAGCAUAAGACUAAACCCAACAGAGGCCAGGCAUCCCACGUGCACACAACACGCAGCUGGGGUAGCAAAAAUCAUCCAGAAAACAGCACAUGUAGUGAGAGAACAUCCACUUAAAGUGCUCACCACACAUAGUGUAGUAGCAUACGUGAACUCACAAGCCUUCACUAUGACACCACUGACACAACAGAGGUUGAGCAAAGUCCUAGACGCUCCAAAUCUGACAUUUACACAUGAGGGAAUAAACAUGGCGGACUUGAUGGGGUCAGGGGAACCACACGACUGCGCCAAAAGAGCUGAAGCUGAAGAGAAAGUUAGAGAAGAUCUGAAAGCGGAACCCAUCCCCGGAGCUGAAGACUGGUUUACAGAUGGCUGCUGUCACCGUGAUGAAGAAGGACUGAAAGCAGGCUACGCUGUGGUUUGCAGAAGAGGACAAGACUAUGAAGUGAAAGAAGCUGGAAGAAUUGAGGGCCAACAGUCGGCACAGAGAGCUGAAGUAAUAGCUCUGACUCGAGCCCUCAGACUGGCCAAGGACAUGAAGGUGAACAUUUACACUGAUUCAGCUUAUGCGUUUGGAGCAGCUCACGUGGAACUUGCUCAAUGGAAGAGAGCAGGUUUCAGAACAGCAACCAAUGCCCCAAUAUGUCAUAAGAGGGAAAUGGAAGAACUGGAAGAAGCUUUGAACGACCCAGGCGAGGUAAGUAUCAUAAAAUGCAAAGGACACUCUCAAGAAAACACAAUGGUGGCCAAAGGGAACCAGAAAGCAGAUGAAGCCGCAAAAGAAGCUGCAGGCUACAGAGGACGAAGGCAAAUGGUGGAGGUUACUGCAGACGAGGAACCAAACAUUGAUGUCUUAGAGGAAGCCAGACAGGCUCAAGAAGAAGCCACCCAGGAGGAAAAGGAGGUGUGGGAGAGCCGAGGAGCCCGAAAAGAAAGAGGUCUGUGGCGAGGACCCCACGGGCGACCGGUUCUGACAGCUAAGCUGGCUGAAAAGAAAGUAUGCGAGGCGCAUGGACUUGGCCACGUAGGAGUGACACAGAUGGAGAGAAACUUGUGUCACUGGUGGCACCCAGAUCUGAGAAAUAUGAUAAAAGAGAGAGCCCGAACCUGUUUAAUUUGUGGGGCACACAAUCCAAAGCCAGCGGUAAAGCCAGAAACAGGUAAGUUUCUCAUGCCAGAGAGACCAGGAGAAGAAAUUGUGAUUGAUUUCACCGAUAUGGUAGAUCCAGGUCCGGGGGGAGUCAGAUAUUUGUUGGUAUGUGUGGAUGCUCUGACCGGCUGGCCAGAGGCAUGGGCGACUAAAAGAGAGGAUGCAAAGAGUGUGAUUAAAUGUUUAAUUAACCACUACAUUCCAAGGCAUGGGUUUCCUAAGAGAAUUAGAUCAGAUAGCGGUACCCAUUUUAGAAAUCAGGAUUUAGCAGAGGUAGAGAGAAUGUUGGGGGUUCAGCAUAAAUUCGGGACAGUGUACCACCCUCAAUCGCAAGGGAAAGUAGAGAGAAUGAACCUAAACUUGAAGAACAAACUGGCUAAAAUAUGUGCACAGACAGGGUUGAAUUGGCUGGCAGCCCUGCCCAUUGCUUUGAUGACCAUAAGAUGCUCUGUUAACCAAUCCACAGGUUUCACGCCUUACGAGCUGCUGACAGGACGGCCGUUUCCGGCGCCCUGGACAAUGGUCCCGGUGGAGCAGCCCAGAAAAAGUAACAGGUCUCAUGCUGAAUAUUUUAAUGAGUUGAAAGUUCUUGUGUCCAGUUUCACAAAACAGGUUACCUCUGGAAGACCCACAGCUGGAGGGGAGGUCCCAGACGCAAAAGCAGUGUGGCUGAAAGUCAUCAAGCGGAAGUGGAAAGAGCCGCGCUGGACAGGUCCGUAUGAGGUAACCGCCAGGACGAACACAGCGGUCCGACUGAAAGGGAAAGGCGACACCUGGUUCCAUUGGACGCAGUGUGCUGUAGCGGACGAGAGCUUGGUAGACGACGACCCAGCUCCACCGAACACGGGUGCUGACGACAGCCAGAGGCAAAAUAAAUCCUCUCACCCGUGCAACGGGCCGACCAGCAGUCUACCUGGGAGGCCGAAGCAAGAAGAACAGCCAAAGAGGAGAUCCCCACGCCAACGCAAAGGAGUGGUAACAAAGUAGAAAAAA